AUGAGGAAAAAAGACCAGUUUUACGAGGAACUUCAGAAUGCAAUCAACAACGCCCCAAAAGCAGACCAACUGUUCCUCAUGGACGACUUCAAUGCAGGAGUAGGUACUGAAAAUAAAGUAUGGCCCACCUGCCUCAGACCUUUUGGGCUCCAAAAAAUCAAUGAGAAUGAUCAGAGACUCUUGGAAUUUUGCACAAAUAACAACCUUUGCAUCACUAACACCUUCUACAGUGGCAAGGACAGACAUAGGGUUUCUUGGUACUAUCCAAAAUCACGCCAUUGGCACCAAAUCGACUUCAUCAUCCUCAGAAAGAAAGAUGCCAACAUGGUAAAGCAAACAAGAUCCUUCUACAGUGCAGACUGCAACACAGACCACCUUUUAGUCAUAGCAAAGGCAAAGAUACUCACAAAGAAAACAUCAAGAGCUGAAGAACAAAAGAAACCUAAGAUCAAUAUAAGAAAUACCAAAGACCCAGUUAAAGGCAAAAUUUCAAGGACAUGUUAA